AUGUUUCAAUUCUAUUCUCAUCCUGGUCAACAACGACGAGGACUCUUUGUGGUUGUUCUUGUUGUUUUUUUAUUCAGCACUUUGAUGGAUGUUUCACAACAACAAUCUCAACCUUUUUGCAUUUUCAAAACGUCAGAUGGUCGAACGAUUGAUAUAAAUCGAGCAAUGAAACAAGAUUCAGAUUAUCAUGUUUACAAUGCAAAAUUGAAUUAUGAUUUUUAUGUGAAUUUGUGUAAGGAUGCAAGUGUUGCAUGUGAUGGAAAGAAUUAUGCAGGAGUGGCGACUUAUAAAAGAGGAACAGAAUUGUUGUGUGGAACGUAUAUGGCUGGAAAAUCAAUUGCAGAAAAUUAUCAAAUUUCUCUCAUUGACACCAACAAGCCAGAAUUAGGUGUCAUUGUUCAAGUGAAUGGUGGUGAACGUUUCAUGAACAAACAAGAAAACAUGAAAAUCACCAUGAAUUGCAAACCCAAUGCCGAUCCUGACAAAACUUUUACCUUUUUAGGAGAAGUUACCAAAGACUCAACCAUUUCUUAUGAAUUCUCAAUGGACACUCCACAUUCAUGCAUUGUUGAUGAACUUCCAUUAGGAGGACUCGGAUACUUUGGUUUGGCCAUGUUAAUUCUAUUCAUUCUCUUCAUCUUGUAUUUCAUUAUUGGAUAUUUCUUAAAUACAUUGGUUUUCAAAAAGAGUGAAGGAUGGGGAAUUUCACAACUUCCACAAUUUGAAUUUUGGAAGAAUGCCAUCAUGUUGGCAUGGGAAGGAAUUUUAUUCAUUAAGGAAGGUAUUCAAUUGUUGAUUUUCAAAUACAUUUUGAAGAGAACGGUUUAUAAUGCAAUUUAG